GUUUUGUGCGGGCGGGGUCGCUGCAGCCAUGGCUCUGCUCCGACGCGACGCGGGGGCGGCGUGGUUGCGUGACCUGGUGCCGGGCGGCCUCAUCGUGACGACGUUCACGGAUGACGAGGUCGCCCACGAGAGACUUAUGUUGUGGCCCGUGGAUAGAAAGAAGUGGUGUAUCAUGUCGCCAGACGGAGACGUCUAUAUCGAGCCACUGACGAGAGACGAAGAUUGGGGAGUGGCCGACACCUUCCCGCUCGAUGAUGUCGGCACUGUGCCGGCCACGUUCCCGAUGAAGGUCUACCGUUUCCGCGAGUACCCUGACGCCGAUGGACUGAGAGAGCUGCUCCGAGACGGCCGAUCGGUUGUGCGUACCGAGCUCGGCCGCGAGACCCCCGAGGUGAUGACAGUUCAGACCCCCGCGUGCGAGCGAGUGUUGCUGGAGGACUUCGCGCCAGGCCUGCUGGUGACGCGUCGGACGCCAGGGAAGGUCUCUCCCAAGGCGGCCGCCGCCGCCUCGGCGAGGCGACCAGCCAGGCCCGCGGCCGCCCCUGCAGGGUGCGACGGCCGCCCCCCGCUGGCUCCGCCGCCCGCCGCGCCGUCGGACCAGCUCGCGGCUGUCGCGGAUGUGGCCGAGGGCUACAUUUGGGUGCUGGCGGAGCCCACCGGCCGACGCACCAUCGGCACGGAAAUCGACGGCGGUGCGCAGGUGCUGCGGACGCCCGGCGGCCUCGACGGCGUCGCGAAGCUGGACGACCGUUGGCGGCGCGUCGAGGGGAUGGCCCCCGAGGCGGUCCCAGGCUACACGAAGCAUCGCGCCGACGAGCUGAAGGAGAGCCUGGGGAUCACCAGGGAAGAGCCAGGCUUUGACGAGUCCGACCUCCGCGACCGCCUGGGCCGGGCUUUGCCCGAGGCCCCGGACGGGGCCGCCACCCCCCCGCCAGCCGCCGCCGCCGAGGCGGCAGUCGAGACUGGCGAUCUGCGGACUAUGGUGAUCGACUAUGACGGCCAGGGCGAACGCUACAAGUCUUGGAAGCAAGUGGUCCAAGAUAGCAGUAGCGAGACCAACGAGUCGCAGCGCAUGGAGGGCCCCCCGGUUGCGCUCGCGAUGUACAAGCGUAUGCUGCAGACUGGAGGGGGCCCUCGCUUGUGGCUGCGCGAGUGGAUGCGAGAAAAGGGAAUCGCCGGGACGGACCGAGUUGCACAUGAGAUGCGGACCCUCGUGGAGUCCCUCUGGCUCGCUGGAACAGUGGACCAGGUCAACAUCGGCGGCUUGCUGUGCAUCGAGGCAAUAUGUCGGCGCAUGGCGGGCAUCAUGGCUGCCUACGCCAAUCCAGCCAAGUCUGCCUGGGACCUGACCCGCUACUACACUGGCCAGCUGUCGGCCGAGGACGUCGUCGGCCCCGAGAUGCGCAGCUUUGCGCCCCGGCGGGCCACGGAGGAUCGCGAGACCGGUGCUGGCGGGCUGCGCGCGUCUCCAGCCGAGCACGGUGCCGGAGGCUCUGCUGGCGGCGGAGCCGACGGCGGAGGCGACGGUGGAUGGGGGGCGAGGCGCAGAGAGCAGCUGGAGAUCGGUGUGGCGAAUGAGGCGAUCAGCGCGCCCAAUUGGCUGGCAGCGGGGGUGGCCGCCACUCGCGUCGCGCUUUUCAAGCUCGACCGCAUGUCCUUGCCAAAGUCCGUUCGGAGCUGCCCUUAUGCUGACGAGGUAGCCCCACAGGAGGUCGCUAAAUACUCGUUGGAUUAUCAAGAGCGCAUGCUGGGGCAAGAUGACGUCUGGCCCAAGAUCGAGCCGCACUUGGGCCCCAAAUUAAAGUUCCACCAGAAGGAAUACCAGCGUCUAGUUCGGAAUCUGUUGGACAUCGGCAUGGUCGACUGGACUGCGAGCCCGAAGUGUCGGAUAGGGUUGUUCUGCGUUCUCAAGAGUGAUGGCAAGUCGCUCCGAUUGAUCGUCGACGCUCGUCGUGUGAACGAGGUCUUCGCUGACCCUCCUGGAGUGGGCCUGCUGACGGCCGAGGGCUUCAGCCGAGGCGAGGUGGCGCUGCCGGCCGGCGUGGCGCCACAGAGCCCGGAGGCGGUGGAGUACCUUAGCAAGCUCAAGCUCGCGGCGGGCACGUCGGACGUGGCCAACUGCUUCCACUGCCUGAAGCUGAGGCCCGAGAUGUCCGCGUACUUCGGGCUGCCCGCGGCCCCUGCGCACGUCUUCGGGCUCGAGGGGACUAUGGCUGGAGGUCGGCGCCUGAGAAGAACCUCGCCAGCGUAUCCAGCCGGGGCUGCGCUGCCGAUGGGGUUCACCUGGAGACUCUGGUUUGCCCAGCGCAUCAACGAGAUGCAGACCUUGCGAGGUCAGGCGCAGCACUACGUGCACGUCGACAACCUCGGGAUCCUGCGCACCAGGCGCUACGAGGUCUGGGAGGCCAUCUCGGCUUUGCAGCGCCACUUCGCCGAGCUGGGUUUGGUGUUGCACGAGUCCGCGGUGACCGACGGGAAGUGCAAGACGCUGGGCGUCGAGCUGCAGGGUGGGGGCCUCCGAUCGCGAGUGACCUCGGAGCGAUGGUGGCUGAUCCGCCGUGCCAUCGAGGUGUUGGUCGGCCACUGCGCCUUCGCCAGCCUCGCCAACCGAGGAUGCCUCUCGGCGCGGCAAACGGCGCGCGCUUUCAUGCACAAGUAUCGCGACGGGGCCGGCUACAUCUGGGAUGACUGCCUACAGGAGCUUCGCGCGCUCUAG